AUGCCAAUUAACUACGUCCAGACCCACAGUGACCUCAAUGAGUUUCUGCGCUGUGAAGCUCUGGUGCUCUACUUCACCGCUGCUUGGUGUGGGCCGUGCCAGGCGAUUGCGCCUAUGAUUGAACAGCUCUACACGCAAUACACAACGGUGGAGAUUGCCAAAGUUGAUUUGGAUAAGCAUAGGGAAAUCGCCUCCAAGUACUCGAUCACUGCGGUCCCGACGUUUGUGUUUCUGCACAAGGGCAAGGAAGUUGAGAGGGUCCGUGGCGCUUCAACACAGGCUGUUCUUGAAGGGUUGAAGAAGCUGAGCGCCCUAGCGCCACACGGGAAGCGCCGUGAUGUUGGUGAAGACUCCAGUUCAUCGCUGAGUUCUGCUGAUAAACAACUGGUGGCCACAUAUGUUCCGAAGGGCUUCACGCUGUUGAACAAGACGGUUCAGUUUGGCGAGUUUGAGUGCCUGAACGCCACACAGAGCAGCGAGAAGGUCAAAGGGUUGCUCAAGCUGGACGAGGACUCCAAGAUCUCCACCGAUGCAGACUCCCAGUUGUUGAUCCACAUCCCGUUUACAAAUAUUUGCAAAGUGUCGUCACUGGUGAUCAAGAGCACCAGUGGCCAAAGACCUAAUUUGAUCAAGGUUUGGGCAAAUAGAAGCAGCAUCUUGGGCUUUGACGAUGCGACAACCAUCAAUGCGCUGCAUCAGGAGGAUAUUGGACAGUUCAACGAGGAUGGAUGCGUAGAGAUCAAGCUGAAGUACGUCAGGUUCCAAAAGGUCACCAGCUUGACUUUAUUCUUUGACGGUGAAGAUGAGGACGAGUCGACAACUCUUGACAAGAUCCUCAUUGUCGGUGUUGAUGGUGAAUCAAAGACACAGGGCAAGAUUGAAAAGAUUGGCGACGAUGAGUGA